AUGUCACGGCAUGUCACUGGUCAUCACACUUACCGAGGAUUGUGCAACACCAGUACACCCGAAUUAUGGAGGUCAAAACUGAAGAUGAGAAAACCUUCAAUAUCAAAAAAGUUUGUUGUUGAUAUGGCUCUAUGCUUUGUGCUUUUAAAUAACCUACUGCAGCCUAAGGAGGAACUUGAGGACUGGAAAGGCCACCAUUCAGAUACCGUCAAGGCCGAAUUCCAUCAGGAUGUGAAGGCCCACUGUGCUUUAAAAGGGGAGCCAGAAGACUGGAAAUACAUUACAGGUGCUUACUUACCCUCUCAGCAUCUUAUUGGUGAAUCUGACACUAAUCCAUGGGGGUUAGCUCCUGCACUCGAUGUCAACAAUAUUGACGUCAACGCCUUCCUGGACCCAUAUGAGGCUGAUGAUGAUAUCGACAUCAAUGACUUCCCAAUCAGUCCUGUCAAAGAGCUGUAUGGGGCUGAUGAAGAUAUCGACGUCAACGACUUCCUGAUUGGUCGUGUUGAGCCACUUGCAUGUGGUGCUGAUGACAGCCCCAUGGAAGAUGUUGACCAUGCCUUUCAAGGCAAACAUCUUGAACUGCAUUCGGCUGUUGCUGUCAAGGAAGAGUUGCAGGAUGAUAUUUCCCUUCUCAACUCAAUCCUUGACCUGCAACACAACUUGGGCCUUGGAGGCAGACCCAACUCUAUAUACAAAGUUGAGGAGAUGAACAAAAAGACGCUCACUCAAUGGCACCAGAGAUUCCAGGGGCUGGUGGCCUUUUUUUCAACCCUGAUCAUGUACCAGGUUUUACAGGAAUCAAGUACCACCUUGUGUGACAUUGGCAUCAAGCACGCCUGUGGGUUGCAUCAGAGGCUGAGCUCUCUGUUGCUGGUAUAUCUCCUGGCUUGGUCAAUGAGGUGCUCUGAACUGAGUCCGACCUCAAGAGGGUGGUCCCUAGAUCAAUGUCUUUGGGGUAAAAAGUAA